AUGUCAGCUCUUACGUUCCCUAUCGGAUCCGUUCAUCACUUGAUGCCGGUUCUAGCUCUUGGAACUGCUGCGUCUCCUCCACCCGAACCAAUAGUGUUGAAACGGACGGUGUUGGAAGCCAUCAAGCUCGGUUAUCGUCACUUCGACACCUCUCCUAGGUACCAGACGGAGGAACCGCUUGGUGAAGCUUUGGCGGAGGCGGUUUCUCUCGGGUUAAUCCAAUCUCGAUCAGAACUCUUCGUCACUUCUAAGCUAUGGUGUGCCGAUGCUCAUGGUGGCCUUGUUGUACCGGCGAUCCAACGGAGUUUGGAAACUCUUAAAUUGGACUAUCUCGAUCUCUACCUAAUCCACUGGCCGGUUAGCUCGAAACCUGGUAAAUACAAGUUCCCUAUAGAAGAAGAUGACUUUUUGCCAAUGGAUUAUGAAACAGUUUGGUCUGAGAUGGAAGAGUGUCAGAGACUCGGAGUUGCAAAGUGUAUAGGAGUAAGCAACUUCUCAUGCAAGAAACUCCAACACAUCCUUUCAAUAGCAAAAAUCCCACCUAGUGUCAAUCAAGUGGAGAUGAGUCCAGUAUGGCAACAGAGAAAACUGAGGGAGUUAUGUAAGUCGAAAGGCAUUGUUGUGACAGCUUAUUCGGUGUUGGGAUCGAGAGGAGCGUUUUGGGGAACUCACAAAAUCAUGGAGUCUGAUGUUCUCAAAGAAAUUGCUGAGGCAAAGGGAAAAACAGUAGCUCAGGUGAGUAUGAGAUGGGCUUACGAGGAAGGAGUGAGCAUGGUGGUGAAGAGCUUUAGGAAAGACAGAUUGGAAGAGAAUCUGAAGAUAUUUGAUUGGUCUUUGACAGAGGAGGAGAAACAGAGAAUCUCGACGGAGAUUUCUCAGAGCAGGAUCGUUGACGGAGAGGUUUACAUCUCGGAGAAAGGUCCUAUAAAAUCUGUCACCGAGAUGUGGGACGGUGAGAUCUGA